UUUUAAAGGAGGAAAACUUCUAUUGUACCGGACGGAGCGCGCCGCGCCGCCUUGGACCGUACAAUCUGCCGCACGCCGGGAAGGCGAUCCCUCUCUCCGCUGUAUUAUUUUUUUCAUCGUGGUGGGAGGAAGAGAUCUACGUUCUCCCGGCGUUUUGGCUCCUUUUUUUCCCCCGUCUUCUCCGGCGGCUCUUUUUGUAUUUUUAUCUCAUAUUUCCUGAUUUUGUUGUUCCCCGCACCGCCCGCAAUUAUUGCCUCGCUCCGUCUCGCAGCCGGCGCGUUGGAGGAGCCGGCAGCAGCCGCCGCGAUGCCGCUCAGCGCCAGCCUCCCCAGCAAGAACUACGAUUACGACUACGACUCUGUGCAGCCCUACUUCUACUUCGAGGAGGAGGAGGAGAACUUCUACCUGGCGGCGCAGCAGCGGGGCAGCGAGCUGCAGCCGCCCGCCCCGUCCGAAGACAUCUGGAAGAAGUUUGAGCUCCUGCCCACGCCGCCCCUCUCGCCCAGCCGCCGCUCCAGCCUGGCCGCCGCCUCCUGCUUCCCCUCCACCGCCGACCAGCUGGAGAUGGUGACGGAGCUGCUGGGGGGGGACAUGGUCAACCAGAGCUUCAUCUGCGACCCGGACGACGAAUCCUUCGUCAAAUCCAUCAUCAUCCAGGACUGCAUGUGGAGCGGCUUCUCCGCCGCCGCCAAGCUGGAGAAGGUGGUGUCGGAGAAGCUCGCCUCCUACCAAGCUGCCCGCCGGGAGGGGGGCCCCGCCGCCGCCUCCCGCCCGGCCCGGCCCGGCACUACGGGCCCCACACGGCCCCCCGCCGGCCCCGCCGCCUCGGCCGGCCUCUACCUGCACGACCUGGGCGCCGCGGCCGCCGACUGCAUCGACCCCUCGGUGGUCUUCCCCUACCCGCUCAGCGAGCGCGCCCCGCGAGCCGCCCCUCCCGGCGCCAGCCCCGCGGCUCUGCUGGGGGACGACACGCCGCCCACGACCAGCAGCGACUCGGAAGAAGAACAAGAGGAAGAUGAGGAAAUUGAUGUCGUUACAUUAGCUGAAACAAACGAGUCUGAAUCCAGCACAGAGUCCAGCACAGAAGCAUCAGAGGAGCACAGUAAGCCCCACCACAGUCCGCUGGUUCUCAAGCGGUGUCAUGUCAACAUCCACCAGCACAACUACGCUGCUCCUCCCUCCACCAAGGUGGAAUACCCAGCCGCCAAGAGGCUAAAGUUGGACAGUGGCAGGGUCCUCAAACAGAUCAGCAACAACCGAAAGUGCUCCAGUCCCCGCACGUCAGACUCAGAGGAGAACGACAAGAGGCGAACGCACAAUGUCUUGGAGCGCCAGCGAAGGAAUGAGCUGAAGCUGAGCUUCUUUGCCCUGCGCGACCAGAUACCCGAGGUGGCCAACAACGAGAAGGCGCCCAAGGUUGUCAUCCUGAAAAAAGCCACAGAGUACGUUCUGUCCAUCCAAUCGGACGAGCACAGACUGAUCGCAGAGAAAGAGCAGUUGAGGCGGAGGAGGGAACAGUUGAAACACAAACUUGAGCAGCUAAGGAACUCUCGUGCAUAGGAACUCUUGGACAUCACUUAGAAUACCCCAAACUAGACUGAAACUAUGGUAAAAUAUUAGUGUUUCUAAUAUCACUUAUGAACUACACCAGUCCAUCGAGUAUGGAACUAUUGCAACUGCAUGCUGUGCGGCUUAACUUGAGACUACACAACCUUGGCUGAAUCUCCAAACGGUUUGGCCAGAACCUCAAAACUGCCUCAUAAUUGAUACUUUGGGCAUAAGGGAUGAUGGGACAUUCUUCAUGCUUGGGGACGAACUCUUCAACUUUUUUUCUUUUAAAAUUUUGUAUUUAAGGCAUUUUUUUCUUAUGAGAAUUCCAAAAAGAGUUGUCCCCAGAUUGCUGUAUAUAUUUACACAUCUUCUUGCCAUGUAAAUACCUUUAAUAAAGUCUUUAUAGAAAAAUGUGCAACAUUAAUACACAACAGUUGUGGCAACUGGAUUUAUACUUGUCUUGAACUUGUGUGCCAUAACAUUUCACAGUUUUGUUUUUUAUUUAAAUACAUUUUUCUUUUAAAAAUGAUUUUUAUUUUGUUUUUAGAUAAAUAAAUAUUUGCCCAAAAUAUAAUUAGCUAAA